AUGCGAAGCUAUCAAUCCAAAACAAGCUCAAGCUCAGGCAAGCAACCGAAUAUUGCAACUAAAUCAUCCUCAGCCAAGUCUCAUGUAACCACUACUUCAUCGGAUCACGAGUACAAAUGUGACUUUUGUGGCAAGGGACACCAAAAUUAUACUUGCCCAGAGUUUAGGGCCCUCUCCUUACAGCAAAGAUUGAGCAAGGUUAGAGAACGAAACACGUGUUUCAAUUGCCUUAGAAAGGGUCACAUCAGCAGAGAAUGUCCAUCCGAUAAAACGUGUUACAAAUGUAAGAAAAGGCAUCACAGUCUUCUUCACGUCGAGGAAAGAGUACCACCGUCAGCAGCAGAGGACAAAAAACCAUCGGGUGAAAUCGAUUCCAAUACCCCAAGACUAGUAAAUAGCGAACCAAGGUCAGAUACUCAAACACAACUCACAACAGCUAGCUGCUCCAGUACACUUCCAAUGCAGCAGGUGUUGCUUCUAACAGCCGUCGUAGAGAUCAUGGUUAAAAACUACAAACCUUACCCAUGCCUAAUUUUAUUGGACAGUGGAUCACAAGCUAACCUUAUUUCACGUUCUAUGAUAGAUACAUUAGGCUUGGAACAAUUUCCGUUGAAUGUCACGGUUAAGGGUGUUAACAGUACAAAGAGUCAUUUAUCAACCUGCAGCGUAGUUCGUAUUCGUUCCAACUAUUCCGAUUUUAGGGCGAGUAUUCAGUGUUUGAUUACAGACAACGUGACAGUUGAUUUGCCCACAACAAGUUUCGAUGUAAGUGAUUGGGUGCUUCCGGUAGGUAUCCAACUUGCCGAUCCGACUUUUCAUCAUAGUGGCAAAGUUGACAUGUUGAUCGGAAGUCAGUGGUUCCUCAAACUACUUCUACCAGGAGAGAUAUCGUUGGCUGAAAAUCUUCCUAUUCUGAAGGAGACUCAAUUUUUUUGGGUAUUAGGAGGCAACUAUGGAGGUGAUACAUAUUCCGAUCCUGUGUUACACUCUCAUGCCGUAACGUUGGAUGACUUGGAUCAGCUUAUUCGUCGUUUUUGGGAAGUAGAGGAGAUUUCCAAUAAGGCAAACUAUUCAUGUGAUGAGGAAUGCGAAAAGCAUUUUUUGAAUAUUUAUCGGCGAAUUAAUUCUGAAAGAUAUGUGGUCCAGCUACCACUCAAAGAAACCUUCGACGAGCUUGGUGAUUCAAGAUCUUUGGCGCUACGGAGGUUUUACGCAUUAGAAAAAAGAUUGAACCAGGAUCCCGAAUUGAAACAGCAAUACUUCGAGUUUAUAGAGGAGUAUGUACAGCUUGGUCAUUUCAAGGAAGUUUUUGAAUGCAAUGAUUCGCCUGGCACACGAAAGUAUGAAAUGGAGGUGCCAACUAUGCUACGUGAUGAUCAAAUUCCUGAAAUAAAACAUUUCAAGGUUGUUACAGAGGAUUCUCGCGUAUGUUCAACAGAAAUCUCCGUCAUGUCGUACACUACAACGAUUUCCUUCUAUUCGGAAAUGAAAGAGUCCAUGAAGGUGAUUGUUCGAGUUAUUCAGCAUGAAGAGUUUAAAGAUGAUUGUUGCCUUUCACCGUGA